AUGCCUUCCUUUGAAAAAGAGUUUGCAAUCAUCGAACGCAUGAUCGAAGAGUAUGCUUCACUAGCUGACAGUGCCCUUAGUAUGGGCUGUGUAGAUAUGGGAUACGAGCGACCACGAGCUGCCCCUGCCGUUCCCAAGAGAGACUUACCAGACUCUCCAAAGCAACGGGGUGUUAUGUUGACGAAAGUAUCGACCAAACCUAAGCCAGUUCCGAGAAAGUUUCGCAGGCUAUGUCUGAAUAUUCAGCAUCCUAAUCAGCCUAGGUAUAGGUCGCAAUCGAACCAGGCAAGUCCAGACUGGGCCUGCCGAACAUCUCUGGCCAUUGAGGCAGGAAAAAUCAGCAUGAAUGAUGUGUACGCGCAUAGUGCAAAGUCAAAAUUGAACCAUAAGAGUGGGUGUUUCAACUACAAAACGUAA